CUCUCUCUCUCUCUCUCUCUCUCUCUCUCUCUCUCUCUCUCACUCUCUCUCUCUCACACACAUAUUGCUCAAUGCAGCCGCUCAGCACCUUCACAAUCUGGGCUUCAACCUCAGCUGGACUUAAAGCUCACACUGAUCGUGUUCGCGUGUCUCCGCGUUUAAAAAGCCAAACCAGCGCGUGACUUUCACUCCGGAGCGACGACGGCUAUAACACUUAUGAGGAUUUUUGGAUAAACACAGCAUUAAAAAAAUGGAGCUUCUGCUUUUUCCUGUGUGGCAGAUGACCAUGGCGCUCGCUCUCGUGCUUUCUGGGAUUCAGGCAGAAUCAAGUCAGUCUCAGAGUGCAUACUUCUUGCCUGAGUUUGCUCUGUCUCCACAAGGAAGCUUUCUGGAGGACACAACAGGAGAGCAGUAUCUCACGUACCGCUAUGAUGAUCAGACAUCAAGAACCACACGCUCUGAUGAGGAGAGGGACAGUGGUUGGGAUGCUUGGGGAACGUGGAGCGAUUGCUCUCGCACCUGUGGCGGAGGAGCCUCUUACUCUUUACGGAGAUGUCUCAAUGGAGGGAAUUGUGAAGGAAGAAAUAUCCGUUAUAGGACUUGCAGCAACACAGACUGUCCUGCUGAGUCAGGGGACUUCAGAGCUCAGCAGUGCUCUGCCCACAAUGACAUCAAAUACCAGGGACAGGCAUAUGAGUGGAUUCCAGUGAGCUAUGACCCGAUCUCUCCUUGUGCCCUCAAGUGCCAGGCUCGAGGGAAGAGCUUAGUGGUGGAACUGGCACCGAAAGUGCUGGAUGGCACCCGGUGUAAAGCAGAUUCUCUGGAUAUGUGUAUUAAUGGUAUAUGUCAGGAAGUGGGCUGUGAUAGACAGUUGGGCAGCAACACUAAGCCGGAUAACUGUGGAGUGUGUGGAGGAGAUGGCUCGAGCUGCCGCCUGAUCCGAGGCCAAUCACAGAUACAUGUCUCGUUAGAGGAACCUUUGAAGACGGUGGUUGAAGUUCCUCUAGGAAGCCGAGGCCUGAGACUCACAGCCAAGGGUCCUGAUGUAAUAUUAAUCGAAGCUCACAGUCUCAGCGACAGGAAAGAGGAGCUGGUGUUGAGCUCCCCAGGCUCAUAUACUCUGGCCAACAGCACUGUGGAUUAUCAGAGAGGAAGGGAAGCUGACAGACAGAUUCUGCGCUGCCACGGGUCACUUACUGCAGACUUCACCAUCAAGGUGAAGUAUGCAGCUCCUAAAGACACAGUGUUCAUGUUCAUGUUCUACCAGCCGAUCCGUUACCAGUGGAGAGAGACAGACUUCUUCCCCUGCUCUGUAAAAUGUGGAGGAGGAUAUCAGCUAAACUCGGCCGACUGUGUGGACAUCCGCUAUAACAGAACUGUCGCAGAUCAUAACUGUCACAGCUUUCCAGAGAACACUAAACCUAAACCCAAGCUGAAGGAGUGCAACAUGGAGCCCUGUCUCGAAAGUGAUGGCUUCAAAGAGGUCAUGCCUUACGAUCACUUCCAACCUCUUCCACGGUGGGAACAAAACCCCUGGACAUCGUGUUCAGUAUCGUGUGGAGGUGGAAGUCAGGAGCGCAGUGUGGUGUGUGUGGAGGAGGACAUGCAGGGCCAGAUUGUUCAGGUUGAGGAAUGGAAAUGCACACACUCUCCACGGCCUGUCUCCAAACAGAGCUGCAACAAUUUUGAGUGCCCAAAUUGGUUGGCGAUGGAAUGGUCUCAGUGUACAGUUACCUGUGGGCGAGGUUUGCGGUACCGUGUGGUUGUGUGUGUGGAUCAUCAAGGAGAGCACACAGGAGGCUGCACCUCUGAGCUCAAACCCCAUAUCAAAGAGGAGUGCUUAGUGCCAAUCGCAUGUCACAAACCUAGAGAGAGUGUGCCCGUAGAAGCCAAGGUCCCAUGGCUAAAACAAGCCCAAGAAUUGGAGGAAACCAGAGUGGCCACUGAAGAGCCUACCUUCAUCCCAGGUCCAUGGUCUCCCUGCAGUGUGUCUUGUGGCAUAGGCAUACAGAAGCGCACUGUAAAGUGCAGAGUGUUUCUCUCCUUCACUCAGACUGAGGUGGAUCUGCCAGAUGAAGAGUGUGGAGAAGAAAAGUUAAUCCUCCAGAGAUCCUGCACCCUUGAAGCCUGUUCUAAAUUGCCAGAUCAUCCACAGCAACCACAGGAAAAUCAGAAUAAAUCUUCCAAGAAAAACUAUGUUUGGGAGUAUAGGGGUUUCACACCAUGCUCAGUCUCCUGUGCUUUAGGCAGGCAGACGGCUGUUAUUCGUUGUGUAAGGGCUGGGCGACGAGAGCUGGUGGAGGAUACACUCUGUGAUGAGUCAUUCAGACCCCAAACCAUCAUGCGCAUGUGCAACCCUCUGCCUUGUCCUGCCAGAUGGGAGGUGAGCAUGUGGAAUGCUUGCUCGGUUUCAUGCGGCGUUGGAUUGCAGACGCGAAGCGUGUGGUGUGUGAGGUCUGUAGGAGUCAAUCACAGCGAGCCAGCAUCAAACUCUGAAUGCAGAGGACCGCGCCCUACAGAGGUUCAGGCUUGCAAUCAGGUGCAGUGUGUCCCCACCUGGGAGACAGACGAGUGGCAGGAGUGCUCUAGUUCAUGUGGCAGAGGAACCCAGUGGCGUAAGGUUUACUGCAGGCAACGUCUGGCAACAGGCAGCUAUCGCCGCCUGCAAGAUGAGGGGUGUGAUGAAGUCAAACCAGAUACUCAACGGCCGUGUGUUAACACACAGUGCCUGAAACCCCACCUAGUGGGUGGGGAGUGGUCCAAGUGUUCUGUGACAUGUGGGAAGGGAAUUCAGCGCAGAGAGCCUAUGUGUAGAAGGCAGACUGCGUCUGGUCAGCUGGUCACUUUGGACAGGACUGUGUGUAUUGGCCUUCAGCCUCCACCUCUGAUCAGGAGCUGCCGAAUGACUCCCUGCAACAAGCACAAGUACUCCAAAAACCGCUGUCCUCAGGUUCUGGGCCUCAAACGAAUCUACAUCCAGACAAAACAAGAAAAAAGACUUACCUUCACAGUUGGUGGGCGUGCUUAUCUUGUCCCAAAGACAUCAGUUGUAAUCAAGUGUCCAGUGCGCUACUUUCCCAAAACCCAAAUUCGCUGGGAGAAGGAUGGUUUGGACCUUCAAAGCUCCAAACAUCUGACCAUCACAAAAUCUGGAGCCUUAAGGAUCUACAGCUUGGAGGUUGGAGACAUUGGGCAGUAUAGGUGCUGGGCUAACCAGGAUUCAGAUACCUUCAUCCUUAAGCUAAUAGGCCAUGAUAACAGGCUGUUAGAACAUCCUGAGGGUAAGAAAUUGGUAAAGCAGAAAAUCAACAGUAGCUCAAGAAUUUUUCCUAACAAAGAGGGAGGUAAUGUUAGUUCCAAGUGCCAGGACCAGGCCCAGAAGGACUUUUCUUUGACUAAGAAGGUCCAGAAACAAGGUCAAAGCUGGCUGCAAAAGAAUGAGCUUCAUCUGGAUAAGGACCAAACUAAAGAGCCUGUGGAUCCCAUGGAUUUAGGUAACUACCUUUUAGCAUCUACUUCUACUAGUGAUUCUGUGAUUUCAGCAGCUUCGGGAGCCUUCACUCUGGAGCCAGCAGAGUUUGAGAAACUGGUCAGAAACAUCAGCCAGCUUGCAGAAAGUGGAGAUGUAACAGAUGAUCUCGCCUCCCAGCUUAUUGGGAAGCUGAUGGAGGAGAUUGCUGCAUUCCAGGCCACAACAGACAAGACGACAAUCCAUUCAGAAAGUAAACAUCAAGACAGGACCCCUAACUCCUCUGAGCACUCUGAGGGGAAGAGUUUGAAGAGCAGAGCGGUUAUUGUUCGUCAUAGCCCACAUGGAUCUGCCAUGAGCUUUCAGAGAGACCUUAGUGUCAACGUGGGAAGGACUGCCUACCUAACCAAUGCCACUCGAAGCCUGACACUUCUUUGUUCAGCUCGGGGUAUCUCAACACCUUCCAUAUCCUGGACCAAAGAUGGAGUAUCGCUGCAAGCAAGUACUGGAAGACUGCACAUUGCAAACCCUGGAGCCAAAGAUGUUGGAAUCUACAGGUGCACAGCAAAUAACGAAAUGGGAUCAGAUUCAGAAACAACACAGGUGCUAUUUGCUGAUCACCCUGCUAUCAUGGCUUCUUGGAAGAACGUAUCUGACCUACACAGUGCCAGUCUAAAAAUAGUCGUAGGAGGCAGAAUAAAAUCCCAUAUAGGUGCAAAUCUCACUCUGGACUGUCCAGUUACAGGUGUUCCUCAGCCGAGUGUGAGCUGGCACCGCUUAGAGGGCGAGAUGGGGGCCAACAUUAUUUCACUCACAAAUGGCUCUCUGCUACUUCACAAUCUCACGCUGCAAGACGAUGGCAUUUACAGCUGCAUAGCCUCCAAUCCCAUUGGCAAAGCUUCAGCCUCUAGCAGGAUCCACGUAGUUGAUGUCGGCGCAGUAUCUUAUGAUAAAAGUUCCAUGUCGAAGGAUGUGAACAGGAAACGAGUUGUAAUGGCCUCUCGUGCUGGAACAAACAUCACAGUCAGACCUGGGGACAUCCUGAGGAUUGGAUGUCCAGUAGUCCAGAGCCACAAAAAACCCAUCAUAUGGUCAUAUGAGAACCAAACCCUAAAGCAGACACCGGGUCUGCACUACCAAACACUUGCUGCAGGCCGCAUCCUAGAAGUGUUCACUCUGAGCAGCAGGUUUGAAGGACACUUUGCGUGCCAAACCAACACAGACAACCAGAUGAUCUCUGCCUGGAUUAAUAUCCUCUCACAAGAAUUUGAGUGGCACUUAGCUGAAUGGAGUACAUGCAGUGCGAGUUGUGGAAAUAAAGGAUCACAGAGCAGGAAGGUUCACUGUGUAAGUGCCAGCGGGAACAUGAUGCCCCCCUCAUCCUGCCAUCACCUUCCUAAGCCGUUCUCCCUAACACGGCCAUGCAAUCUUCACAACUGUCCUCCCAGCUGGGGGUCCACCGUGUGGUCCAAAUGCUCCACAUCAUGUGGUCAUGGUUUCCGGCAGAGGCGAGUAUCAUGCCAGCGGCUAGAGGCCAGCGGGACCAUUCAGGUUUUGGCCGAUGCAGUGUGUGAAGGAAUGUCACGCCCUGAACACAGAGAGCCGUGCGUUUCAGAAACUUGUGCUGAGUGGAUCAGUGGACCCUGGGGACAGUGUUCCGGACGUUGUCUCGGUCCGGCAGUGGCGACUCAAAGAAGAACAGUGAUGUGCAAGAAACUGAAUGACUCAGACACCAACACGGCAUGUGACCCCAAAGAAAGACCAGCCUCGGUAAGGAACUGCACGUCAGAAACGUGCAAUGUUCACUGGAGGGUGUUGCCAUGGCGGAUGUGCACUGCUACCUGCGGAAGUGGCUUCCAGUCACGCAGGGUUGAAUGUGUACAUCAAGACAACAAGACCCUUCCUGAUCUCCACUGUGCCUGGCAGCAUCGUCCGGUCACCUGGCAACACUGCAACAUCACUUCCUGUGGCAAUGAGUGUAAGGAUACAACACAUUACUGCGCAGUGGUGAAACGCCUCAGGUUGUGUCCCAUUGAACUGUAUACACAGAGGUGCUGCAAGUCCUGCUCAGAAGACUCUGGCACUAUCUAGUGCUCACUGAUGGAACAUCUCAAGCUUUUACAGCACACUGACUUCUGAUCACUGCUUUUCUUUCCAAUCCAAACACAUGUGGAAAAAAUCUGAUGUGGAAGAACUCCAAGACUUUGCUGCACAAAUGAGGAAAAAAGAGUUCCAUUUUUGGGACAUGGCCGAGUUUAAGUGGGUGCUCAAUGAAAUGUGGACUAAAGGGCCUUUAUCUAGGCUAAAGGGAGUUCUGGGUGUGUGUGCAUUGAUAAUUCAACACUCACAGAGAAAUCAGCACUAAUUCAGCUCUCUCCUUCUCAUCAUUAUAUAAAGUUCAUUUAUCAGACUUGUGUGUGGAAUAAUUUAUAAGACUGUGUUUUGCUCUAUAUCUAAUCAUCAGGAUGAGAAGCAGAGAAUAUUUGACCAUUCACAUGUGUGAAGGGAGGUUAACAUAAGAUAGCUACAGCUAGACACAGCUGAAUUGUACAUAGGGUACUUACAGUAGAUGAAAAUCCAA